AUGACAGCACACCAAAAUGGCAACAUCUCUGCUGAGGUUUCAGAUUUCCUCCUGAAUUGUUUUGCCAGGUCUCCCGGCUGGCAGCUCUGGCUGUCCCUGCCCCUCAGCCUCUUCUUGCUCCUGGCCAUGGGGGCCAACACCACCCUCUUGAUCACCAUUUGGCUGGAGGCCUCUCUGCAUGAGCCCAUGUACUACCUGCUCAGCAUCAUCACCCUGUUGGACCUGGUGCUGUGUCUCACUGUCAUCCCCAAAGUCCUGGCCAUUUUUUGGUUUGACCUCAGGUCCAUAAGCUUCUUUGCCUGUUUCCUCCAGAUGUACAUCAUGAAUUGUUUCUAUGCCAUGGAGUCCUGCACAUUCAUGAUCAUGGCCUAUGACCUCUAUGUGGCCAUCUGCCAUCCACUGAGGUACACAUCCAUCAUCACUGAACAAUUUGUGAUCAAGGCAGUCAUUUUUAUCUUGGCCAGAAAUGUCCUUCCAAUAUUGCCCAUCCCAAUCCUCUCUGCACAACUCCAUUAUUGUGGGAGAAAUGCCAUUGAGAACUGUAUCUGCACCAAUAUGUCAGUCUCCAGGCUCUCCUCUGAUGAUGUUACCAUCAAUCGUCUCUACCAGUUUAUUGGAGGGUGGAUUAUGCUGGGAUCUGACCUCAUCCUCAUUUUCCUCUCCUACACCUUCAUCCUGCGGGCUGUGCUGAAACUCAAGGCAGAGGGAGCUGUGGCCAAGGCCCUAAGCACAUGUGGCUCCCACUUCAUCCUUCUCCUCUUCUUCAGCACCAUCCUUCUAGUUUUUGUCUUUACUCUUGUUGCAAAAAAGAAGGUGUCUUCUGAUGUGACAGUCUUGCUCAAUGUCCUCCACCAUGUCAUCCCUGCAGCCCUCAACCCCAUUAUUUAUGGGGUGCGAACCCAGGAAAUCAAGCAAGGAAUCCAGAGAUUAUUUAUGAAAGGUUGGUAA